CGGAUCGGUAAAUACCAAUCCAAAAUGGUAAAUACCAUUUCCAUUUGGUUAUCCGCUUGAAUUUGAUUUGUGUUCUAUGAUCAUGCUGUGUUGUGGUUAUGUACCACUAACCUAAAAUCUUCAAUUUUCUUCCACAAAAAAAAUAAGAUUUUUAAACACAAGUUUAUGAACGGCUGUUAGAGAACGACAUUUUUUUUUAAAACAUUCACAGAUUUUUCAUAAUGGCAUUAGUAUCGCGAAAAGGUAAGAGGCAGUGUUAUUCAAGGCAUUUUGAAUGGGACCAAUUCAUAUUUUUAGUACUGUUGGAGACAAUCAGUCCUUUAAUUCAGUUAAAGCGCUACAGAGGGAAGAUAAAUUUAAGAAGGCCUAGAGCUCCACAUUUUGAGAAAGCAGCAUUCUUGGCUUUAACAAAGCCAUGGUUCAUCAGCACUAAGAAGGAUAAGAAGCCUUUUGAUUUAUGUCAAGGAUUCAAAAAGGAAAGAACACAAGAGGAAGACAACCCAUUUCAGAAAAUUAUAGCCCAAGAAUUAUAUAGAUGGUUCACAACAUCUCGGCUAGUUGUUUUCUACCACCAUAAUCCUAUGAAUUCUGAUGAUGAAUUCAUGGCAUAUUGUAUGUUUAAAAAGGAAAAUAUGCAUUUCAAGAAGUAUGGAAAGAAAACAUUGGAAAUGGCUAUCAAGGGAACACCAUAUGAAGCAGUGCUAGACUUCUAUGUUUCUCAAAAUAUGACUGUGUUUAGUCCUGAGCCUGAAAUAAAGAAAAUGCUGAAAAUAACCAAGAAAUUUAGACAACUUGUGUUGCUUGGUCUGCAAUAUAUGAGGGAAAAUUUGUCAGCAAAGAUGAAUUGAUAGAAUACAGUAUGAUUCCCGAUAUUCAGACAGCACAAGCUCAAUUUGUCAGUACUUUGAAUUCAAUGGGUGGGAGUCUAGUGUCACAACUAACUACCCAUCAGUCUACCCUGGUACAGAAUUUAGAAGAGAGGUGUAAACAAUUACAAGAUGAAAAAUAGUUUUAUUAUGUAAUGGUUCAUUAAUAAAAUGUAAAUAGUUUAUUUUUUAC